UUCAGUGUUUUCCAAGUUUCCACCUGGAUUUUUCACAAUGUUUCCUCAUCUUUCGGGAUGGAGAGUCAACAUAGGACAACUCCAGGAGCUCUACGCGAAGGAAUUGCUGGGAAUCCUUGAGAAAUGCGAAGGAACAAAGGCGAUUAUCUGGGAUGAGAGCCUAGCUGGUCCAGUUGGAUUGAUUGCAAAAUACACCUUCCUGAAGGAACACAAUGUCACGAAGAUGUUUCCAUUGAGUGGGGAUCCCCUUCCGGACAUCGACGUGAAGAACAUCAUCUUCAUAACCCGGGCCAAUCUCAAGCUGAUGAAUCACAUUGCCGAUAACAUCCACAACGAGGAGAGGAAGCGAAGAGCAACUGUCAAGAAGGACUUCUACUUGUACUUCCUACCCAAGAAGUCGCUGCUGUGUGAGAAACAUCUCAAGAACAAGGGAGUAUAUGGGAGUUUGAGUUUUGUGGGUGACUUUCGCUGCGACUUCUUCCCCGUGGACAACGAUCUGUUGUCCAUGGAGCAGAAGGAUGCCUUUAAGGAGCUGCACAUUGAGGGUGAUCCCACGUGUGUGUACCAGAGUGCAAUGGCUCUGAUGACUCUCCAGCGCCUCUACGGGCGCAUCCCUCGGGUCUGUGGGAAGGGAAUCUAUGCUGAGAAACUUUGGGAACUGACAAAAUCCAUGGGAAGGGAUGAUUCACAAAUUGGUCAGAACAACGAGAAGGGCAGCAUCGAUCAGAUGGUCAUUCUCGAUCGUUCUAUAGAUCUCAUGAGCGUCCUGGCCACUCAAUUGACUUACGAGGGAUUGAUUGAUCAGAUCUUUGGGAUCAGUAGCACAACGUUGCAUCUGCCGGCAGAUCGCUUUGGGCGGGGCGAUGAUCAGCCCCUUCCGGCUCUCUCGACCUCAGAAACCAAGCAGAUUAUCCUGAAUUCCGGAGAGGAACUCUAUGCAGAGCUCCGUGACAAGAACUUCAAUGCCGUUGGACAGAUCCUGGCCAGGCAUGCAAAAAGUAUUUCGUCAGCUCUGGAGGAGCGACAUGGAGAUAAAUCCGUGUCGGAUAUGAAGAAAUUUGUGGAGAGACUGCCCAAUAUGUUGGCCAAUAAAGCCUCCAUUGCCACUCAUACGACAAUCGCUGAGCUCAUCAAGGAAGUCACGGAUUCCCCUGACUUCCUGGAUGAGCUGGAAUGUGAGCAGGAAUUUCUCAUGUGUGCCGAUGUGGACAAGCCCAGUUCCUUCAUUGAGGACAUGAUAGCCAAGCAAGCUCCUCUCCGGAAUGUCCUUCGGCUGAUCUGUAUGCAAUGCUUGGCUGGAUCUGGGCUGAAACAGAAAGUCCUGGACUACUACAAGAGAGAACUGGUUCAGGUUUAUGGGCUCCAGUGCCUCCUGACCAUUGGAAAUCUCGAGAAAGCUGGUCUACUGCGUCCGCAAACUGGAAAUCGCAGCUACAACAUCCUCCGGAAGAUGCUAAAUCUCACCGUUGAUGAUGCUGUUGAGGUUGCUCCCAAGGACAUCAGCUACGUCCACAGCUUCUAUGCUCCUCUCACUGUGCGCCUGAUUGAGCAUCUGCUGAAACCCGCCGGCUGGCAAGGACUCAAUGAUGUCCUCUCAACUCUCCCAGGACCCUCCUUCGAUGAUUUUCAGUCCUCUCCGUCGGGAUUUGGGACUCGCAGGGGAUCUUUCACCAGCGAAAUCAGCCAAUCGGACAUUCCACGGACGAUUCUGGUCUUCUUCCUCGGAGGAUGCACCUUCGCCGAAGUGGCAGCACUGAGAUUCCUAGCACAGCAGGAGGAGAACAAUGUGGAAUUCAUCGUGGCCACAACAAAGCUCAUCAACAAAAAUUCAUUCCUCGAUUGCUUCAUAGAAAAUAUAACGCAAUAAAUUUCUGUAAUUGCAGUUUUUUUUUUUAAUAAAGAUAUUCAGCAGAAUAUUAUAAUCCCCAAAGAAAAUAAAAA